CUUUUUUGGCUGAAAGCUUGUGGCUUGUGCACUAUCAUGGGGUGCGCUAGCAGCGCUGUGAUUCACGACGACUUGGAAUGCUGCAUUACCGAGGUUCAUGAUUCACUCUAUCCAACUCCUGUGUCCAACGUUUCCGCUCACCCGGAAGCUAGUAGAGCUGAGAAGAACGAAUGUUUUUGCCCAGCAGGUUGCUCAGUCUUCUCCGAAGAAAGUGGGACGAGCAGAAUCACGGCCACUUCCAUGAAGAGCUACCUGACUGACAGAGGUUUGCGCAUAGAUGUGGGUGAUCUCGUUCUGAAGCGCGUGCUUUGCAGCACCAUCAAGAGCACAGUGUCCGUGGCCGGCUGGCAUGGGCAAAUCGUGGCUUUGAAGCAGCUCAAGAUGGACCCAUUGACAGAUGAUCCAGAGGAGAAUGAUGCAAAGUUGACCGAUCUGAUCAAUGACAUCCUCAUUCUCAGUGCGGUAAGCCAUCCAUGUGUGGUAAAGAUGCUUGGCGCAAGCUUUGACACAACCGAGCCCAUGCUGCUAACAGAAUUCCUUGAGAACCAGGAUGUUGAGACGUUCAUGCGCAAGCGACGGGUCGCUUCCGUUGAUGGGUUGUGGAAGCCACGGUUUCCUUUGGCGAUGCGUUGGGCACUCUCCACUGCUACAGCCUUGGCAUAUUUGCAUGGCUUAGCACACCCCAUCAUCCAUCGGGACCUCAAGCCCUUGAACAUGUUCCUCACAAAGCACUUGGAGGUGAAGAUCGGCGAUUUCGGAUUGGCCAAGAUGAUGCCAAGGUGUGGCGGCUGCCAUGAAGGUGUGGAGAUGUCGGGAGGAGUUGGGACCUGGCGUUACAUGGCUCCAGAGAUGGCUCGCCAUGAGGCCUAUGAUGAAAAAGUGGACAUCUAUGCUUUCAGCAUGAUCCUUUAUUUUAUAUUUUCAGGGAGACAGCCAUUCUACUCCUAUGGGAAAGACCUCGAUGUGGUGUUGCAAGCAUACCAAAAAGGUGAAGAGCCGAGACCCUCUUUGGACGUGUUCGUCGGAAUACAGGAACUUCGUGACCUGCUCCCAUGGGCAUGGCAUGCCAAUGCCAGUGAGAGGCCCACAGCGGAGGAGUGCGUUCAGCACCUCUCGGUCGUGGAACCACCAGGCCUGAGAAAGACCAUGAAGGACCUCGUGAAGAUGUGGAAGGGGAAGACGGCCUAACUACUUUUGACCACAUCAAUUAAUUUUAGAUUUUAUAUAGAUAUACGUAAAUUCUUGCAUAGGGUCCAUCGUAGUCUGCUGACAUGGCUGGCUGAUGUUGAAGAUUCGUACUUAAAGGAAUCCAAGGACCUUGCCAUGUUGGCGAGACCAAGUUGGCCACAGCUCGACCAACUACAUGAGGCUUUGGUGGGCUGUAGGUUAAUUGUGGAAUGUUUGUUUUUUAGUGCUAUGUGGAAAUCCAUUUUGAAGGGAACACAGGUCAGGACCGCGGAAGUGAGGGGUUGCUGGAUCAAAUCUUGCAACUCCCUUUCCCCUCCAAAACGGUGAGCUCCAAUUCUGAUCCCACCGAUUCCACUUCAGUACUCUCUACAUACCUGAGAUCUGAAGAUCAGGCAUCGAAGUGAAACAAGAGACACGUACGGUAUCA